CGUCGGCCUCCUGUGCUAUAUACAGAGGGUUUAACAUAGGCUUCACUGCUUUCCCGCCGUUGCUGUUUCUCUCACCAAACCACACAAAUGGCGACGAACCAGACACAAGACGGAGAAAUGGACGAUGUAGACCUAGGCAGCGAAGUAGAAGAAGACGAGGAGCAAGAGUGGGGAGAUUGGAACACAGACGACGACGACGGAGAAGGAGAUGGUUUGGGCUCGGAUUUGUUGCUCUGUUUGUUUUGCGACCUCAAGUACGGCUCGAGCGAGGCGCUGUUCGAGCAUUGUAAUUCGACGCACCGUUUCGAUUUCGGCGGGAUUAGGAAGACGUUGGAGUUGGAUUUCUACGGUUGCUUCAAGCUCAUCAACUACAUCAGGUCUCAGGUAGCAGAAAACAGAUGUUGGAGUUGCGGCUUUACCUGUCAGUUGAAGCAAGAUUUACAAAAUCAUGCACACGAGGCAUUCAGUUUCAAAGAUACUGUCCUUCGAUGGGGUGAUGACAGAUAUCUAAAACCUUUCAUGCAAGAGGACCCACUUCUAUACAGUUUUGGUGAAGACUGGGAAGUUGAAGAUGAAGAUACAACAUCAGAUAACAAAAUUACGGAGCUGAUUGAUUUUGAAAGGAUUUGCAUUGAUGAUGAUAAUACAGUUGAAGGGCCUAUGUUUGAUUUUAAAACUGCUUCUGAGAAUGGAAGAGCGGAGAGUGCCUCGGCUUCCAACAGUUGUUUAAACGGGAUGAAUCCGUAUCAGGAGGUGAAAGUCAGCAGUGUUGAUGUAAACAAAUCUGGUUUGCCUUCUGAUAUGAAUUCAACAGAUAAGGAUUUAGAAGUGUCUUUUGCAAAGGUGGAAGCUAAUGAAAUCAAGAACGUGAAUAAGAAUUAUUUUGGGUUGUACAGUUCAUUCGGGAUCCACAGGGAAAUGAUAAGUGAUAAGGUAAGAACAGAUGCUUAUAGACAGGCUCUCUUGAAUAAUCCUUCUCUCCUACGUGGUGCUACUGUUCUGGAUGUAGGAUGUGGGACGGGCAUACUCAGUCUAUUUGCUUCCCAGGCAGGGGCUUCAAGUGUAAUUGCAGUUGAAGCCAGUGAGAAGAUGGCUGCGGUGGCGACUCAGAUUGCAAAAGAUAAUUGCCUUUUGUGUAGUGGAGGUCCAAGCGAAGGAACCAGUCAAGGCACUGGGGUAAUGAAAGUAGUCCAGGGUAUGGUUGAAGAGCUCGGUAAUUGUGAACUCAUUCAACCCCACAGUAUCGAUGUGUUACUCAGUGAAUGGAUGGGUUAUUGCCUACUUUAUGAGUCAAUGCUUAGCUCUGUGCUUCUUGCACGGGAUCGAUGGUUGAAGCCUGGAGGUGCUAUUCUUCCGGACACAGCUACUAUGUUUGUUGCCGGAUUUGGAAAAGGUGGCACCAGUAUUCCAUUCUGGGAAACUGUGUAUGGUUUCAAUAUGUCUUGCAUUGGCAAGGAACUUGUGGAAGAUGCUGCUCGGGUUCCUAUAGUUGAUAUCAUUGACAGUGGUGAUAUAGUAACCAAUACUGUGGUUCUCCAGUCAUUUGAUUUAGUGAAGAUGACACCAGACGAAAUGGAUUUCACUUCAAGGAUCGAGCUGGAACCACUGACAGAAAAUCCAACGCACUACUCCUCAGAUUCAUUAUGCAAAACAACUUGGUGUUACGGAAUUGUCCUGUGGUUUGAAACUGGCUUUACCAGCAGGUUUUGCAAGGACAUGCCAAUUGUUCUGUCCACAUCCCCAUACUCUCCAAAAACGCAUUGGUCGCAAACAAUUCUUACAUUCAGGGAACCAAUUGCAAUUUCAUUGGGAAGUACUGCAUCUGACACUUUGGCUGCUGUUGGUACUGAUGCCUGCCCUGCUGUGAAGGUCCAUUUGCGCAUCAGCAUUGCCCGUGCUGCUUCUCCUCAUCGCAGUAUUGACAUCUCCUUGGAGAUUGCUGGGAUUGCCCCUGAUGGUCGAAAACGCAGUUGGCCAGUGCAAAUAUUCAAUUUAUCCUAGCUAUUUCAAGUGCUGAGCUGUCAUUUUUUGUCCUGUUUCGCCUUCCAAGCCGAUAGUGAAGGCAGCAAAGUAUGGAAAGUGCAGAGUUGACCGUGCGCCUGUUGUGUGAACUGAUGAUCAAAUGGAAUAUCUUGCAGAAAGCGAACUAACUAGACAAAGGCUCCAUUUUUAUGUUCCUGGGAUAUUCUAGAAUGCAAAUUCGAUGGAAUGGGUAGCCAAUCUCACUACUGAGAUGUAUGUCGGCUGUAUUCCCUAAUUUUGGGUUAUGGCAAUUUUUGCUUGACGUCUCAUCCUGAGCUGUCCUACUGCCUUAAGAACGUUAGUUAUUACCUCUGAAGUUUUGAAUCUUGAUGUGGAUCCGUUUUCAUGUUACAGAGGACGACAUAGUUUUGCCAGUAUAUACCAUUGUAUUUUCAAUAGGUCAGCAUUAAUUUCUAUUUGCAA